GGGAUUCCUUCCCUUCCGGGGGACCGAGGAAGAGCGAUUUUGAAUGUGAUUCAGGAGAGUAGGUUUUCUGGAUCCGUUGAUGCUUUACUUGGUUAACUGUGAAUCUCCGGGUAUUGCGAAGUACUGGCCUCAGCUGUCAGGCCAGGAGGGGUACUAAAUACUGUGCUUGCACUCCUCUCUCGGUGGGGGUGGAGGCGGGUAGCUGCGGGACCCGAAGAGUAAGGCAAGCGGAGCGCCCUGUGUUGGCGGUAUUUCCCGGCCGGUAGGAUCUGGUGGUCCCAGCCCUUUGAUCCUGUUAGCUUCUGGGCUGGCUUCAUGUUCCAGCUUAGGACUUGAAGCGGGACUUUAGGCAGAUUCGGCCUUGCGGCAUUCCCGCCCUUAAGACAUUCCAGCCCUUUCGGCCUCCCAGUCUCGUACACCCUCCGGCACCUGCCAUGGGCCUCUUUACAUCUCUCACCCACUUUUGACGCAGAUGUUUGGGAGUCCAAGUGUUUUCUUCACUGUCUGGCCGUGUCGCAACCAGCAGAAGAGAAGAAAGCCUCUGGGUGUGACGUUCUUUCUACUAGAGGCUUGGAAGAACUUCCUUCUAAAAUCAUACUUUCGCUUCUCUGAAGAGAGUAAAAAAACUACCCGUGGUACCAUGUUUUCCUGUGAUAUUUGUGGUGAAACAGUAGCCUCAGAACCAGACAUGAAGACUCACCUUCUAAUUGUCCAUAUGGAAAAUCAAGUUAUCUGCCCAUUUUGCAAAUUGUCAGGUGUGAAUUAUGAUGAAAUGUGUUUUCAUAUUGAAAGUGCUCAUUUUGAGCAGAAUGAACUGGAAAGAAACCUUGAGAGGAUCAAUACAGUGCAGUAUGAAACUUCAGAUAACAAAAAGGACAGUACUCCACAGCGUAGAACAGAAGUUAAUUCAAGUCUUCAUUCAGCUUGUGCAUCUAAUCAUCCAAAAAGUUCAGCUCAAAGCCUGCCUAAAGAUAGUACUUUGAAACACAAAGCCUUUUAUUCAGAGAACUUAACUGAAUCUAGAAAAUUCCUGAAAAGUAGGGAAAAACAAUUUGACCUAGCCGAAAUAAAAGGAUCAAUUUAUGAAACAAUGUAUAGUCCUCCUGAAUGUCCAUUCUGUGGGAAAAUAGAAGUUUGUAGUCAAGAUAUGGAAACUCAUGUGAAAACGAAGCAUGCCAAUCUUUUAGACACUCCUUUAGAAGACUGUGAUCAACCACUCUAUGACUGUCCUAUGUGUGGGCUCGUCUGUACAAAUUACCAUAUUCUCCAGGAACAUGUUAACUUGCAUUUGGAAGAAAGCAGCUUUGGACGAGAUAUGGAUAGAGCCCAGUGUUCCAGGGAUCUAGAAUUGGCUCACCAGCUUCAACAGGAAGAAGACAGAAAGAGGAGAUCUGAAGAAUCAAGACAAGAAUUGGAAGAAUUUCAGAAGCUGCAGAGACAAUAUGGUUUAGAUAAUUCUGGAGGAUAUAAACAACAGCAACUACGAAAUAUGGAAAUAGAAGUAAAUAGGGGAAGGAUGCAUCCAUCUGAAUUUCAUAGAAGAAAAGCUGAUAUGAUGGAAUCAUUAGCUAUUGGUAUUGAUGAUGGAAAAACAAAAACUUCUGGAAUUAUUGAAGCACUUCAUAGACAUUAUCAGAAUGCUGCCACAGAUGUGAGACAUGUGUGGUUUUCUGCAGCGGUGGAUCACUUUCAUUCCUCUUUAGGUGACAAAGGUUGGGGUUGUGGCUACAGAAAUUUCCAAAUGCUACUUUCAUCACUUUUACAAAAUGAUGCUUAUGAUGACUGCUUGAAAGGUAUGUCAAUUCCUUGCAUUCCUAAAAUUCAGUCUAUGAUUGAAGAUGCGUGGAAGGAAGGGUUUGAUCCGCAGGGAGCCUCUCAACUCAAUAACAGGUUACAGGGAACAAAGGCCUGGAUUGGAGCAUGCGAAAUAUAUACACUCCUGACCUCUCUCAGGGUAAAGUGUCAUAUUGUUGAUUUUCAUAAGUCGACUGGUCCUUUGGGUACACACCCUCGCUUAUUUGAGUGGAUAUUAAACUACUAUUCUUCAGAGAGGGAAGGAAGUCCAAAGGUCGUGUGUACAUCUAAGCCUCCUAUCUAUCUUCAGCAUCAAGGUCAUAGUCGAACAGUUGUUGGAAUUGAAGAAAGAAAAAACCGAACAUUAUGUUUACUAAUAUUUGAUCCUGGGUGUCCUUCUCGAGAAAUGCAAAAACUAUUAAAGCAAGACAUCGAGGCUAACAGCCUCAAGCAACUUCGGAAAUUUGUGGGAAAUUUAAAACAUAAGCAGUACCAGAUAGUGACAGUAGAGGGUGUUCUUUCUCCAGAGGAGAAAGUUGCUAGAAGACAAGCUUCUCAAGUCUUUACUGCAGAGAAGAUUCCUUGAAGAAUUGAGCAUUUUGAUGAUUGUAGAAUUAUACUUUGUUUCUCAAAUUCACAUAUUAAACUCCUUAAUAAAAUUUAUGAAUCUCAGUUAUCUCAUGUACUCAACUGGUAACAUAAUUUCAUUUGUAAAAUUUCUAAAUUGCAGUAAUUAAAUUAUACCUUUAG